GAGGCACUGAUGGACAGGACAUGUCAAAGGCACAGUACCUACCCAAUGUACCAGUCUCUGAUGGAGCACCGCCAAACCAGGUGGUGGGUAAGAACGGUCAAGUCAUGCAGUGGAACUCUGCAGCACCCAACCCACCAUCUCAACAGCAGAUGAUGAAUGGCUACUCUGAACAGUAUCCCCACCACCUACCAAACCACCACCUUCCUCAGCAUCCGCCACAAGCACAGCAGCAACCACCACCACCGCCACAGCAGCCACAGGCACAGCCACAACUCAAAGGAGAAGACACACCAAAGAUCGGCCAAGAGCUGUCCAGGAAGGAAGCACUACCCAAGAUGCUUCCAGGAGAGCCAAUGCCAAAGACUGCCAAAGGAAUGGAGGGCAAACCGAGCAAGGAACAUGGUCUCUCUGCAUUCUCACCAACUCCUGAUUCGGUUAGUAAGCCUCGAGCACCAGCUCAUACACCGCCCGGAAUGGCUAGAGAUUUGGCUGAAAGACAUUACUAUGAAAAGAUGGUGCAACAGCAGCAACAACAACAGCAACAAAAACUUGCUGACCCCCAUGAAAUUGCUGCGGCUGCUGCUGCAGCUGCUGCAGCAGCACACAGAAGCAUUCCACCCAAGAACUACCCACAUCAUCCUCAUCACCUCUCAAUGCCCCAUAAACCUGAAAUGAACAAUCACGCCCCAUCAAAGAAAGAAGCCGUACCUCCAGGAGGGGUUGUGGUUGGAACUCCUGUACCUCCUCCCGAUAAGAAAUCCCUCUCCCCUGUCGAUGCUGCAGAGUCUUUGCUUUCAUUAAGUACUACACUACCUGAUAAAUCAAUACCAUUCACAGCCGGUAAUUCUUUCAGUCAUGCCAAGCCUUCUGUGAGCACCAUGAUGCUUGCACCUCUACCCCAACCGGUUAAGAAAGAGAGCACUGGAUCAAAAAGUACUCCUAUCCCCCGCCCAUCUGAAAUCACGUCCUCAGCUGCCCCAACAAAGAUUCCCUUGAACCCGCUGGAACCUGCCCAUCCGGAUGGAGUCGCUGCCCGAGCAGAAGUCCAGAAGCUCGCCCGACAGGUCCCAAGCCCCUACAGCAAUAUCAUGCUACCGACCAUCGUGCAAAAGACGGACGGUAGGUCGGGACUGGCCAAGACCGCACUUUCCAUGAGCUCCCACGCAACCAGCUCCAUCCAUGCCAUCCAAGGUAGCAAAGGGGAUAAAGGUGAAGGGAUCGGUAAAGGCACCACCUUGCAUCCGACCCCACCCACUGUAGACUCCCUGAUGGAGAGACAGAAGUUGGAGAAAGGUCUCCAAACGCCACCCAGAUCAACAGAAAAACCAGCCGUGGAAACGCCAGAGAUGAAGCACAUGCAGUUACUCUCAGAAGAUGCUCGCAUCGAGGCACCAAAUUGUGGUUGCCUAGAGAAUGACAUGGACGAGGCACCAUACUACACCCAUCUGGGAACUGGUCCUAACCUACCAGCCAUCAGGGAGCUUGUUGAGAAAAGGAGUGGUUUCCAGGGUAGUCAGGUGAGGAUAGAGAAGGUGGUGUACUCCGGCAAGGAAGGAAAGAGCUCAACGGGAUGCCCCAUUGCAAAGUGGAUCAUCCGAAGGUCAUCGUUGGAUGAAAAGAUCCUUGUCCUGGUUCGACAUCGACCUGGUCAUCGUUGUGACACAUCGUACAUCAUCAUUGCCAUCGUCGCUUGGGAAGGGGUUGACGGCUACGUAGCAGACGACACGUAUGAGAUGCUACGAACGACGCUGCCCAACGGAGCUAUCCCGACUGUAAGGAGAUGUGGGACUAAUGAAGAUAAAACCUGUGCUUGUCAAGGGUUUAGUCCAGAUUCCUGCGGGGCAUCCUUCACCUUUGGCUGUUCUUGGUCCAUGUACUAUAACACCUGUAAGUUUGCUCGAAGCAGGACACCAAGGAAAUUCAAGCUCCUAGAAUCCAACCCAGAAGUGGAGGACAUACUGUCAGACCGCUUCCAGAACCUGGCCACGGACCUUGGUCCUCUCUACAAGCGUCUUGCUCCUGAAUCAUUCAACAAUCAGAUUGCUUUUGAGGAAGAGGCCAAUGAGUGUAGGCUAGGCAAGGAAGCUGGGAGACCGUUCGCUGGAGUGACUGCCUGUAUGGACUUCUGUGCCCAUGCCCAUAAAGACCAACAUAACAUGAACAACGGCUGUACUGUGGUGGUGACGUUAACGAAAGAUGACAUACGGAAUAAACGUCCUGCUCCUGGUGAUGAACAACUCCAUGUCUUACCUCUCUACUACCUUGACAGCACGGAUGAGUUUGGCACAGCGGAGGGUCAGCAGAACAAGGUCCGCAACGGAUCUAUAGAGGUACUCACCCACUAUCGCCACAAGAUCAGAGUGCAUGGUGGAGACCCUGUGGUGCCAAAGGGUGCCAUGAAAUCUAGGAACUCCUCAAGCAGUAACUCCAGUCCAGGAAGAGCCAAAGCUGCUUCUGCUGCAGCUGCUCAGGCUCAGAGAGAACUGGAGAGGGAACGAGAACGGGAGAAGGAGAAGGAAAGGGAAAAGGAACGUGAACGGGAGAGAGAGAGGGAACACGAGAAGAGGGCGGCGGCUGCUGCAGCAGCAGCAGCAGCAUCAUCGUCUCAGAAGGAUGUUAGUGGUGGUCAUGGGAUACCUAAGGUUGAGCAGCCUGUACCCCCGCAUAUGAAUCCCCAGACGAUGCAGAUGUGGCCACACUAUCAGCAAAGCUUGGAGGCAUUGAGAGCUCAAUGGCCAGGGAUGGAGAUACCUCCAGGGUUGGUUGGGGGAUUACGACCUGAAUCUCAUCAUGCUCUUAUGAUGAUGAAUGGACUGCAUCGUGACAUGCUUACACCAGGUGGUUCAAUACCUCCCGAGCUGGCCCACAUGUAUGCUCAUUAUGCUCGCUUCCUAUCCCCCGGGUACAUCCACCCUGCAAUGGCAGACAUCAUGCUUCGAGAGCAGCUUCAGAAUAAUCCUGCAGCCCUUGCAAGAUUCAUGGCUCCAUUUGGCCAGGAUCCCUAUGGAGGAUCAUCAUCAAAUCCUUACAUGCAUCUUGCUGCGCAGUAUGGAGCUGACAUCAAGCCAGAUCCAGCUAUGCUGAACAAUCCUCGACUAGAAGGCUUCUACAGUCCAUACCUGAGUCCUCACUUGACGUCACCUCAAGGAAGGGAAGCAGGCCGUGAAGGGUCUCACCAUCCAAGCGAUGCCUCAAAGUUUCCUUCUCCUACCUUGAAUGGUGUCCGUCCGGAUCCCCAUCACCCUCACACUAGUCAAUCCCACCAUCCAACCUCAUCAUCUUCAGCAACACCAUCUUCAGCAUCAUCUGCUCAGCCGCACCUUCCCUCCUCCCACUCACACAAAGAUGGUAUCUGGAGGCCUCCAAUAUUCCAAGACAGUCCCAAGAAAGAGUCCACCUCUGGAGGUCAUCACCACGGCACCAACAGUAGUUCUCGCCCUCCAGAAUCACGCACCCCUCAGAAGUCACCUGCCUACUCUCCAUCCGUAGACAAAUCCAUCAGACCUGGUGACCCGAGAGACCCUUACAUCUUCAGGGAUGACACUCCUAGUUCCAAGCCAGUCCACCACCAUAAAUCUGAGGGAAAGUCGUCCAAAGUCAAAUCAGAACCCCAUCAUUUCCACCAGGCAACGCACCCUGAGAGACUGACACCUCAUGAAGGCAAAGACAUCAAACCAACCUUGCCGAUACCAAGUCUUCAGGACCCAGCCAACACGCCGCCACCAGCACGUACCGAGGAGGAAUAUUUCUCUGACAGCGAUAAGUGCUUCGAGGACCCAACCAUUGGCGGGGUUGCCAUCGCCCUAACCCAUGGCUCUGUUCUCUUUGAGUGUGCCAAGCGAGAACUGCAUGCUACGACAUCAAUCCUCAACCCCUGCAGGCAGCGGCCAACCCGCAUCAGUCUCGUCUUCUAUCAGCACAAGAGGAUGACGUAUAAGAACCAUGGUUUGGAACUCUACGAGAAGAAGAUGGCUGCACGGUCUCUGGAACAAGAGAACAGUGACUCACCCAGCGGGAAGGGUAAGAAGAAACGACCAGCUUCAACAGACGAUGCUAAUAAGGAAUCGGCCAAGAAGAAGAAGUCGGAGGCUGACAAGUCCCAGAUCCCCACAAAAUGUGCAGUCACUCCUUCCACCAAUACGACGAUUACUUUGGCCUCGUAUGCUUUCCCUACUGUCACCGGGCCCUAUCAAAAAUGGGUUUGAUAAAAGAAUUCAAGCUCAGGUUGUAUCUUAAGGCUUUCAACUGAAAUCAAGACCAGAGCCCUGUAACACAAAACUUAGCGAUUGAUUCUACAAUUGACUUGUACAUUUGAUUGCAUAUAAUGAUCAAUGCAAUCAGUCAUGUGAUCAAUCAUCAACUCUUGUGUUAACAGGGUCCUGGCAUUUUUAACUAUUUGAUUCAGUAAUUCCCGUCAUUCAAAUCGGGAUAUGAUCAUGUUCCAUGUAUCUUACUUUGUGAGUGUCGUGUCUAUGCAGAAAAUGUAUGCAUAAGUCCUCCAUAUGCAAUUGUAUAAGAAAUAAAUAUUAUUUGUCCCUGACAAUAUGAUAAAUGAACAAUCGUAUGUAUUUGUCCCUGGGUGCAAUAUUCAAAGAGUACAUGCACUCUCUAUUUAGACCAUGAUCGUGAUUUUUAAUGACAUGCUUUCUAGCAUCAACUAGAACUGGACCAAAAAAUAAAUUGUAUAAAAGAUUACAAAUAUAGAAUCAAUAUAUAUUUCUGAGAAAAUCACAGAUACGUAAUUGAUAUCAUGAAAUCUGAAAUUCCUAAUGAUCUGUGAAUUAAGAUUUUUUUUUUAUAUGCAUAGGAAUUUUUAAUUGUACAAUAAAGCUGUAUUGUAUGAAUAUGUUUAUGUGUUGGAUAAGUGCUGGCAAUGCAAGUUUAUUUUCCAAAGUAUUUCAUUACACGCUCAAGUGUAUCAUUUGAGUGUUUUAAAUGAUAUUAAGGAAGCUGAAAUGUGUGCGCAUGUAUUGUGAUUUCCCAUAUAUAAAUUAGAGUACAUAUACCUCGAUCAUGCCAUAGUGCUUUUGGUAAGAUACACUGCGUCCCAGAAAAGAAAAGGAAACCGGGAAUCCCAAAGGAAAAUGAAUUAUGAUAUUUCAUUUACAUCAUUAAUAAUAUGAGAUAAACACUUCACACAAAAUAUUUGCUACUAAAGCUUUUGGUCUCAAAGAGCAAAUUCCACUCUUACCAUAAGUAUCAAAUUUAUAGUAAAAACACAUUUUGUAAUUGUGAAGUCUGUUUCUGAAAACAAGGUUUCCUUUUUUUGUGGGACGCACAGUACAUCUCAUGACAGAGAUCGUCAUAAUUUCUAGAGACUCAAGUCAUCUGCAGGUUCAUUUAUUGUCCCGAUCGGUCAGCGUUUCAUAAUGUUUGUUCACACCUACUUCUCAACUUCAAUUCCUUUUCUUUUCUCACUUUUUUUUUAAGAAAACGUUAGUUCCAAGUUCAUUUUAGUUUUUUAUCUUCGUUUUCAGUUUUGUGUCUACAUUUUUAAAUAUAUUGAAAAUGCUGCUGCUCCGUACUUUAUGGAAUUGAAAAAUGAAAUAUUGAUUUGUGUCCUUAUGAAUAGUUUUCUUUAAAAUGGUCAUUUAUAUCAAAAGGAGAAAUGCCAAGAAAGUUUGACAAAAAAUUAGAAUGUUAAUAAGAUAAAGAGAGAAUGAAUAUUGGUCAGUAUCAGAUAACAUAGGGGCAUUGCUGCUCUGCAGUUGACUCCUGGAAGUGCCCCAUUUUUUGGAAUGUUUGAAGCAAGUUUGAACCUCACUAGCUGAAACUUUAUGUUGAUGUUUGCCUGUCAUAGCAACAAGCAUUUAUAUGGUCCAAAUAGUCAGGAUUAUGACCAAUUUUUUUUAAAUAUCGAUAAAUGGUUAAUCCUGUCAAAUUCAAUCACUCAGAAAUCUGAAAAUGUUUAUAAAAUUUUUAUUAUUCAAUAAAACCUCUCUUUUUAAAUUUGCAAUUACCUAUACAUUUCAAAUAUUGCAAAUUUACAAUUUAAUACAAUUCGUGAAACAACCCCUUUGGCCUUGAUCUAUUGGAAAAUGAUAAUUUCAACAAACAUUGUAGUGCUUUCAAUUAUUUUCUUGAAUAUUUUCUGAGUAUUUAUUAUUAUUCAGCCAUCUUAUUUAUAUUGUUGUGCAGUGAUCUGUUAUUUCUGUGAGUUAUAUAAGGCCCACUCUCUAUAAUCAGUUGUACACUCAAGUUUCUGGAGACCCCAUAGAAAUGUUUAUUUCUUUAACAUUUGAUGAUCCAAAUAUUUAAGAUUAAUAGAUAGUACAUUUUUUUUAAUCAAAGAGUUACCAAGGAUGAAUUAAAAUCAUGAAACAGCGAGACUGGACUUGAUUUAUCUACCCAGAAUAAAAAUUAUGAGAAUUUCACCCCAGGAAAGGGGAUAAUCUGUUAGUUUAGCAAUGCGUGUGUUCAACUUAUUAUCAAUGUGCAAAAUUCGCUUGUAAAGUGUUUCUUAAAAUUGUAUAUAUCUGUAAAGUUUUGAUUAGUUCAAUAUUGUGAUAUCACUGAGAUUCUUUCAGUAAACUAUUUGAAAUUUUUUCAACUGGAAUUUUACAAUCAACUGCUGGGCUUUUGAAAAGCCAGCAGAUUUUAGAGAAAUUUUUGUCAAUUUUUAAUGAAAUGAUUGAAAAAAUGCUGUAUAUAUGUAUUAUGAACAGGUUGGGAGCUGGUUUUAUGUGUGUACAUUUUAUGGAUAGAAUAUUGUGUAGAUAUAGACAUGAGACUCGCAAGGGAUAUGGGGAUCUAAACAUUUGAAAAAUUCUUCAAUUUUAAUUAAUGACAAUUUUAUUGAAUAAUUGACUCAAUUGAUUUCAUUGUAAAAUGUGAUUUCCCUUCUCUACAAGUGAGUUUUGUUUUGUUGUGUGUGUAUUAUGUAUUUGUGUGUGUAAAAUGUUUAAAUAUUGCAUCAAUUAUGAUGAAUGGAUUUCAAUUUCUUGUAGUUAAGUGAAGAGAAAUUAUGUGAUUCUUUUGUUAGGUGAGCUCGGCUAAUUUGUCUACCAAAAUUAAAUUUGAAUGUCUGAUUUAGACAUCUCUUCUCAAGA